AUACAGUUGGUCGCAUCCGUCCUCUUGCUUUCGACUAUGUUCGAUUGGAAAGUAAACGGCCACGGUCACGCGCACUCUUUCCAACAUUUCCACGGGCCGGUGACAGGCGAUGGACAGGAAGUGUCGUGGAAGGACAAACACGGACACCACGAGCACGAUUACGUGGCCCAUCCUCACUACGAGUUCUCGUAUGGGGUCGACGACCACCAUACGGGUGACUAUCACGGUCAGAAGGAGCACAGGGACGGUAAAGAAGUUGUCGGCGAAUAUACGGUGAAAGAGCCCGGCGGUAACGUCAGAACGGUCAAGUAUCACGCUGGAAAGCACGGAUUCUUUGCCCACGUUCAUAACAGUGACGGAAACGACCACCAUGGAGGAGGGCAUCACUAUUAA